CAAACCGCACACAUACUUUUAAUAAAUUUGUAUAGUCAUGUAUCAAAAUGAAUGAUCGCGAAAUAGAACACUCAAACGAUAAAAUAUGGCCAGCAACAACGUUCAAGCAAUUUACAGUGACUACAGACACAGAUUCCAAAUACAAUUAUGAAUCUCUAGUUAUCAAAUACGCUAACGCAUGGCAAGUGUUCAUCACACAUAGCGGUAAAAUCGCAAGCUGGAUAUGUGCAUCAGCAGACACACCACACAGUGAUGUAUACAGUGUUAAGACACUACUAGGUAACAGACUACAGGAACAUCAUGCCGUAUACGCACGCACAUUAAUCAAGAUACUCUGCGACUCAUUAGGCAACAGAAAGCAAUUGGAACUGGAUCGUGAUACGGUAAUGAUACUAGGAAUGGAUGUCCACGAUGAUACCACGCAAACGUUCAAGCAAAUAACUGAACAGAUAAAAGACAUGUUUCUAAUAUAACGUAAUGCAGUUUGUUGCAACAGUAAUAGU